UUAGCGAUCGAUUCGAAUCUAAGCUCAAGGUCACAUGGUUUGAACUUUGAAGGAAAUUAAGUAGUGGUUACGCCACUUCUCUUCUUCCUUCCAUUCCUCGAUCGCUCUUCUUAACAGCUCAAGCUGCUUCUUUUUGUUGAUAUAUGAGAAUUAUACUCCACGGAGCUGUCAGCGUUCGCUGGGCCUCUCCACUCUGUCGUCGUGCUCUUCCUGUCGUGCCGCCGCCGAGCAGCUGCCCCGGCCGUCACCUCGUCGUGCGCCGGAGCUCUUGUCGCCCCGGACGUCACUGUGUUGGAGGCAACAGUGAUAGGACGGAGGAGAGCGUGGUGGUGGUCAUGGGUGCUACCGGCACGGGGAAGUCGAAACUAGCUGUGGAGCUGGCCAUCGAGUUCGCCGGCGAGGUGGUGAACUCUGAUAAGAUUCAGGUCUACCGGGGACUCGACGUCGCGACUAACAAGAUGCCCGUGGAUGAGCGACGCGGCGUGGCGCACCAUUUGCUGGGGGAGCUCGACCCAGAGGAAGGCGAGCUCGCGCCCGCAGCUUACCGGGAGUUGGCGGCGGGGGCCAUCGCCGGUAUCGCUGACCGCGGCCUACUUCCGGUGGUGACCGGCGGGUCGAACUCCUUCAUCCAUGCGGCCUUGGCUGGGAGCUUUGACCCGAGGCGGAGCCCGUUCGAGGCGGCCUGGGGGAAGCGGACGGGAAGGGAGGCGGCGCUGCGGUACCGUUGCUGCUUUCUGUGGGUAAACGUGGACGGCGCCGAGCUGGAAGAGCAGCUCGACCAGCGUGUGGGCGAGAUGGUGGCGGGAGGAAUGGUGGAGGAGCUGGGUCGGUACUUGGUCGAAGAGGCGGCGGCGGAGAAAGGCGAGUCGAGGCAUCCGGGGCUAAGCAAGGCGAUCGGGGUGGCUGAGUUCCGGGAGUACUUCCGGGGGAAGAGUCAGGGGACGGUGGCGGCGUACGAGGCGGCCGUCGAGGCCAUCAAGGCAAACACGCGGCGACUCGCGAAGGAGCAAGUGCGGAAGAUGGAGCGACUGAGGUGGAUGGGGUGGCCGCUGCAGAAGCUCGACGCUACAGCAGCGGUGGCAGCUCGAUUAGUGGGGUCCGUGGCGGAAUCAGAGGCCGCGUGGGAGAGGGACGUGGCAGGGCCCGGUGUCGCAGCGGUGGAGCAUUUCCUGAACACGACGCCCAGCUACACGCAUUUACAAUUUGAAUCAUCAUUGAGUUUAAUUUGGCUUCUCAACGAACACUAGUUAUAUUGUGAUAAUUAAGUUUGUUUGUUUACUUAAUUAGUAAUUUAGAUUAAUUGAACCAUUGGGGUAAACAAAUAAUCUGAAUCAUCAUUGUUUGUUUACAAUUUGAAUCAUAUAUUGGGGUUUAUGAAUUCUCCGACUAAUUAAGUGUGAUUACAUUCAUUAUUUUAUAUAAA